UGCAAUAUACAAAUCAAGUCAUUUUCUUGAAGAUCGAGAAAUAUUCAGAGAUAUCCUUUGGGACAUGAGAUGAUUCGGACCGCCCCCUACCCAAUAAAUCUGGCGUUAGCCGAAAUCAUCCAUUGGCUUCGAAUAAUCGCCAUCUCCCCUCGCUGCUCAUCUGCGCACUGAAUCAAAGCAGGGGGGUCCAACCGGGGAACAUCCCACCAAUCAAAGGGGGUGCUUUGACGAAUCAACUACAUGCAAAGUGUUCAAUCAAUCUGAAAUUGCAGAUAGCGUUUUAUCGUCCUUUGAGUGUAUCGCGGUAAUAGACACAUCCAAAGUUUUAGUAAGAAGAAACCAGCGAACUUUUUUGUGUAUCUUUAAAAAACUAAUUUAUUAUCAUAAUUUUUCAGUGUACUGAUUAAAUUUCAUGGUGAGUUUUUUUUUUAUCAUACUAUGGAUGAAAGGAUUUCCAAAGAUCAAGAAAAACAAGAAUGUGAAUUGGAUACCGCGACGAAAGGAGACUUUCACCAUAUAAGAAACGAUUUUAGAAGUUUUUCAAACAACCUCGAUUUUUCUCAAGGGGAGUGUGCAACACAGCACAGUACGGAUUCGGACUGUGGAUCCACAAACAUAGACAUCGAAGAAAACAGUGAGGAUAGUGAUAGGGGAUUUUCCUUUCCUUCAGUCAGCAGACGACAGUUCGAGAAUUUAUCCGAGGAAUACGCCGAAGACCAAAUAACUAUCAAACACAAGCAAAGAAGAGGAAAAGUGGAGAAAAACGCGCGGCUGAGCAUAAACGCACGUGAAAGACGUAGAAUGCACGAUUUGAACGAUGCUUUGGACGAACUCCGGUCGGUUAUACCGUACGCACAUAGUCCGUCUGUCAGAAAGUUGUCUAAAAUAGCCACCUUGUUGCUGGCGAAAAACUAUAUCCUGAUUCAGGCAAACGCCCUGGAAGAGAUGAGACGGAUGGUGGCCUACAUGAACCCAACCGCCACACCCCCAUCGGCAUGUUUUGACCCCCUCAUGUCGUAUAAUCGGUUGCAAGGGGUCCAGGGUUUGUCUUUACCCCCAGCCCAAGGCAGGGCCAAGUGUACACCAGGGUUUGAUGCGCCUUCAAAUUCAUAGGAGAAAAAACGGUGCGAAAGAUUUUUGAUUGAUUUUAAUUGAUGUGUGUGAAUUAUGGAAAACGUUUUCUUCGCAUGGCAUUGUAAUUCUUUAACAUGGAGGACCCUAUGUUUAAAUUGUUUGUCACUUAACAUUUGAAAUUGCAAUAGUUAGUCUCCAAAGUUUGCAGCUUUGUGUCUAAAAUGAUGCAUAUUUUGGAUUACUUUUUUUUAGAU